UCCCUGGUCAAACAGCUGAUCAUACGGCAAUAAAAAUUCAAUCACAAUCACAAUUAAUAAAUAAUUGUUGUUUUAAAAAGUUGGUUAACUAUGCAACACACUUUAAGGCGAUGCCUAACCAUGGCGAAUACUGGUAGAGCGAGCAUGCGGCACCUAGCAACGUUGCCGCAUGCACCCGAACAGAACAAAAAUCAAACAAGUCGCAAUCAAUUGCCCCGUUUGAUGGACUUUCCGGAGAUAAUUUGGCCAUCGGCUCUAAAUACAAUUAAAAAUUGGAUAACAGUACAGUUUAUAAUACGUCCAUACUUCGACAGCGAAUUUCAAAUCAAGGACUUUGUAUUCGGCGCAAAACAGGCGCUGCAGGUCGUGUCCAGCCGUCUGGUGGGUGGCGAUCUGAACCAAUUACAGGAUCUAGUCACACCCGAUGCUUUAGCAGAACUUAAGCCCGUCGUCCAGAAGCUGUCCAUGACGCAGCGCAAACAGUUGGAGAUUAAUGAGAGCGACAUCUAUUUGUCAUUUCCCUACCAAAUAGGCAUAAUGUUCGACGAUGCGAAUGAUAAGCUGCAAAAGCGUUGGGUCGAGAUUACAAUGGUGUUCCAUGUGAUGCGUGGAUUGACUGAAAUGCGUCAGCGCGGCGAGGAGAUACCCUGGAAUAUGGGCACCAUGCCGGAAUAUCAAGAUCGCGUGUUCAUUUGUAAUUAUCGCUUCAAGAAGGAGUUUACAGCUGGACAACAAUCAGACUGGACGAUCAAUGUGGCCAACCACUUCAGGGCCAUUGAUCUUAUAAAUGAAUCGAAAUAGCAGUUGGUUUCCUAACUCUU